AUGUUUUCGGAUGAUCGCGAAGGGUUAAGAAAGGGAGGCGCUUCCUAUUCCAAGGGUGGAGCCUACCAACGGUUCCCCGAUUCCGAUCCCGAUACUUCCGACUACCGCAACGUCGAGACUCCACCGUCGCCCGCCUCUAAGAGCUUCUUCGGGGGCGGCGACGCCCAAUCGGAGGCGUCGAAGAGCCGCAAGCCACGUCGCAGACGGACUGCAUUCACGCACGCUCAGCUGGCGUAUCUCGAACGGAAAUUUCGGUGCCAAAAGUACCUCUCCGUCGCUGACAGAAGCGACGUGGCGGACGCCCUCAAUCUCAGCGAGACGCAGGUGAAGACGUGGUAUCAGAACAGAAG